AGGGGCCUGAGGCGACAGAUUCCGGAAAGGGAAAGAGCAGCCAACAUGGCGGCGGAGCGCGGCGCGGGCCAGCAACAGUCGCAGGAGAUGAUGGAGGAACGCACACCCCUCUGUAGAUGAGCUGUGGUCAGAGAAGAGAGAAUCCUUGCCCUGUGACUGAUGAUGCCACCUGUGAGUGCUCUAGCUCUUCCAGACAGGCUUCCACAGAGGUUGCAGCCAAAUGAAGAAAAAGGAAAAUUGUCUGACAGUCUUGCCAAAAGGUUUUCACCAGUCAGCUGUAUUCAGCUGAGCUCCCCAGGCGAUGCCAGAGUUGACAGGCGGGUUGAAUCAGAAGAGUCGGGUGACGACGAAGGGAAGGCACAGAACAGCGGGAUGGUGGCGGACCUCAGCGCACACAGCCUGAAGGACGGAGAGGAGCGGGGGCAGGAGGACCCAGAAGAAGGACAAGAGUUGCCUGUGGAUAUGGAGACCAUUAGCCUGGACAAAGACGCAGAGGAUGUAGAUCUGAAUCAUUAUCGCAUUGGAAAAAUUGAAGGAUUCGAGGUGCUGAAGAAAGUGAAGACGCUCUGCCUCCGGCAGAAUUUGAUCAAGUGCAUUGAGAACCUAGAGGGGCUGCAGAGCCUCCGAGAGCUGGACCUUUACGACAACCAGAUCCGGAGGAUUGAGAACCUGGACGCGCUGACAGAGCUGGAGGUUUUAGACAUUUCGUUUAAUCUACUGAGAAACAUUGAAGGAGUUGAUAAGCUGACACGACUGAAGAAGCUCUUCUUGGUCAACAACAAGAUCAGCAAGAUUGAGAACAUAAGCAGCUUGCGCCAACUGCAGAUGCUGGAGCUGGGGUCCAACCGGAUACGGGUGAUUGAAAAUAUUGACACGUUAACCAACCUGGAGAGUUUGUUUUUGGGGAAAAACAAGAUCACUAAGCUUCAGAAUCUGGAUGCACUCACCAACCUGACUGUCCUCAGCAUGCAGAGCAACCGGCUGACCAAGAUCGAGGGCCUGCAGAGCUUGGUGAACCUGCGGGAGCUGUAUCUCAGCCACAACGGCAUCGAGGCCAUCGAGGGCCUGGACAACAAUAACAAACUCACAAUGUUGGACAUUGCGUCAAAUAGAAUCAAAAAGAUUGAGAACGUCAGCCACCUAACAGAGCUGCAGGAAUUCUGGAUGAACGACAACCUCCUGGACUGCUGGAGCGACCUGGACGAGCUGAAGGGUGCCAGGAACCUGGAGACGGUGUACCUGGAGCGGAACCCCCUGCAGCGCGACCCGCAGUACCGGCGGAAGGUCAUGCUGGCCCUGCCCAGCGUGCGGCAGAUCGACGCCACCUUCGUCAGGUUCUGAGGCCCGCUCCUGCACAGCCUCCCGGCCACGGUUUUAAUCCACCCGUCGCUCCUGCAGCGUCACUGUAUCAGCAGUCACAAACCCACAGGCAAUAAAAAGGCGCUGAGUGAA